UUGUGGAGAGAACCGCGAUGGGGGUGAGUCCCAAGGCAAACAAAGAGCAGAUUCUUGCCGGAAACAUCAAACAAGGGGCGCAGCAGCAUCCGAAGUCCGAAUUUAAAAACAAGAAGGCCGCUUACGAGAUCAUGGACGACGCGUACGACAACGGUUGCCUGGUCAAUGUUCCGGACGACGAGGACCUGGCUGUUCAUGCCAAGUCCUCGUCAACUACCCAGAAGACGACCGGAAACAGGAAGAAAUCCGGGUCUUCGGGCCGGAAUGGAACAGCAUCAGCACCUCCGGACCCGGCGCAGCAACAGCAGCAUGAAAGCUCUAUGGCCCAGAACUCCCGGGCCAUGUUGGAAAAUUUAAAGCGCGAGCAGAGGGAAAUGAAUGCGGCGCCGUCGCGCGGUCGGGAUCGCGGCGGCCGGAACUCGGUCUUCGACGGUUCAAGCCGAGGAGCGGGGGACGGGAGACAGCUGAAUGUGCACCAAAGUGGCACCAGUGGAGGGGUACCGGCACCCCCGGUCGAGCGGGUCCCCUCGUCGAUCAGCGGCGUGACGCCGGUCCUAGCAGGGGGAGAAAUAAUUUCCAACGGCAAAACGUCGUCGCACAGCAAGAAGCCGCGCACAAAGAAGCCCUACGCAGACUACCAGCAAGAGAUGCAAAACACGGUCCAAAAGCCGACCGGGGGUUUCACUAAGCCCAGCGAGCAGGGACGAAACAGCGGCAAUUCUAGGGCGAAUAGCUCUUCGUCCUCUUUCCGAGCCGCGUCGCUGGAAGUGCUGGCCGACGACAGCACCAAUCUCCGAUCGCCCGGGGCCUCCAUCAAAAAACCCCCGAAAAAGGGGCGGAAGUAAGUGGAGGUCAGGCUGUGACCACUCCGCACCUCAAUUGAGUUUUCUUUUCUGGUCCAAACACUUGUCAAAAUUUUUCGGCUGAGCUUCUUCGAAAAUUUCAAGAAUUUCCACUAACUCGGUUUUUUUUUUGUUUUUUCGUGCACGAAAUUUGAACUGAGCUGCUUACUUAAUGACGUUACGAUAAGUACGUAAAUUUUUUGCAAAGACGAGCAUCCAGUUGCUCACAUGCACCUUGACUCGAUAUCAAAUUCAUUUUCAUUUUAGAAAGUUGUCAAUAGAACCACUACCUACUUGUCAAUAUUGCGAUGACCUCAGCGGAUUCCCGCCCGGUCCGCUUUUUUGCGACCUCAAUUUGGUUUCGCCGCAGGACUACUCUCAUGCGGAUCUGCCUUCGCAACAUUGAGACUUAAUACUUUUAGCCCUUGAAUCAUUUACACUUGUCAGUGAAUUUUUUUUUACUAGUAAGCUAAUAUUCAUCAUGUCCCCGCAUCAAUAAUGCUAAUCGAGGAACACCCAGUGGCAGGCGUCGCCAUUUACUCGAAAAUAAAAAAUCUGUGUGCAGCAAUAUGAACAUUUUGAGUAGUCGUUCCAGGAUUUUUUUCUGAGUUAUCUAGCUCCAGCGUCGUUAC